GCUCAGAUGCUGUGGAUUCAGUGACUAUGGUGGACCAAGGAGGCUAGAUCUAAGUUCCCAACUUGCCUCAUGCCUUGGCACAGAGAACCAAAGGGCCUAACUGGUUCUGCUUUGGUGCUGGAGAAAGAGAAACAGAGAAACGGCUGUCUCUGCGCUGCUGAAGUCUGCUGUAGAUUUAACUCCACUGGCCUUCAACUGGUGAUGUCACAACCUGCUGCCCACACAGCCUCUGAUGGAAGAAGUCUGCAUUUAGUAACAUAAAUACUGCCUUGUUUACCUCAUACCCAUGUCAAGGUGAGCUUGUUGUAUAAAGAGCUGCAUUUUCUUCAGCAUCAGUGUCUCUCUCUCAGGUCCUCCAAGGAUGAAGUCCCUGGCCCUGCUUUUCCUGCUGUCUGUGGGCGCAGCCUGCGCUGCUGUCUCCCCCCGGGCCGUGUGGGAAUUUCGCAGCAUGCUCAAAUGCACCAUCCCGGGCAGCCAUCCUCUGCUGGACUUUGGGGACUACGGCUGCUACUGUGGCUUGGGAGGCCAGGGGACGCCAGUGGACGAGCUUGACAGGUGCUGUCAAGUACAUGAUAACUGCUACUCUCAGGCAAAGAAACUUGAUUCAUGCAGAUUCCUCAUAGACAACCCCUACACAAAGACAUACAGCUUCAGCUGCUCCCCUGGGCAGAUUAAGUGUCAGAGCACUAACAACGAGUGUGAGAUGUUCAUCUGCAACUGCGACCGCACUGCCGCCAUGUGCUUCGCCAAGGCACCCUACAACCCCGAGUACGUCAAGCUGGACACCAAGAAAUACUGCAACUAGACCUAGACCUAGACCUAGUCCUAGUCCUCGUCCUCCUCCCGCCCCUCUGGGCGGCAACAAUCCCGCGGCGGCCCGUUACCAAUAAACGCCUUACAACAACCCAACA